GGCCCGCGCCGGGACGCUCAAGUUUUCGGGUUGUUUUGUCACGUUCCUGGCGGGCGGAGGGGACAGAGAAUUGGAGGUGGCGAGCGCUAAAGCGUACUGCGGGGAGAGGGGCGAGCGGAGGGCCGUCUACGCUGCUUCCUGCGCCGGGUCUCCACAUUGGGUAGGAGAGGAGCCAGCCACCUUGGAGGCACAUCUCCUGCCUCCUCUGCUCGUGGAUAGAACAUCUGCAGCUGCUUCCACAGGGCUGGGAGCCGGGCCUUAAGCAGAGACAAGCAUGGACACUCAGGCCCAGCACUCGGGGGCAGCACCUUAGGAGAGCCUCCGUCCACCGCCUUCUACGUGGGGCAGAAGGAGCUGAGAAGUGGGCCCCGAGCCCAGCCCCCUCCAUCCCUGGCCCCUGGUGGGCAUGGACCAGCAGUAGUGAGCAGCCAGAGCUGAUGCCCGGCCCCCAGGGGGCCGGAGGAGCCCCCACCAUGAGCCUGGGCAAGCUCUCGCCCGUGGGCUGGGUGUCCAGUUCGCAGGGAAAGAGGCGGCUGACUGCAGACAUGAUCAGCCCCCCACUGGGGGACUUCCGCCACACCAUGCACGUAGGCCGUGGCGGGGACGUCUUCGGUGACACCUCCUUCCUCAGCAACCAUGGUGGCAGCUCCAGGGGCACCCAUCGCUCACCCCGAGGCUUCCUGGCCAAGAAGCUACAGCAGGUGCGGAGGGUGGGCAUGCCAUCCCGGCGGAUGGCUUCUCCGCCCACGCCUUCGCCAGCUCCGCCCGCCAUCUCCCCCAUCAUCAAGAACGCCAUCUCCCUGCCCCAGCUCAACCAGGCCGCCUAUGACAGCCUCCUGGUGGGCAAGCUCAGCUUCGAUGGCAGCCCCGCCAGCUCCGUGGACGGCCGCUCAGCUUAUGGCCUGGACUCUGGGUUCUGCACCAUCUCCCGCCUGCCCCGCUCGGAAAAGCCUCGCGAUGGGGACCGCGAUAGCUCUUUCCCGACGGAGCCCGAGCUGCGCCGCUCCGACUCGCUCUUGUCCUUCCGCCUGGACCUGGACCUGGGGCCUUCUCUCCUCAGCGAGCUGCUAGGGGUCAUGAGCCUCUCAGAAGCCGCCGCAACAGAGACCCCCGCCCCUGCCGCAAACUCCCCAGCCCCUGCCACAAGCCCCCCACCUCGUGGACGCCGUCCCAACGGGGUGACUGCUGGGCUGGGCCCCGUGGCUGAGGUGAGGGCCAGCCCUGUGGCGGAGGGUCCCCGAGCAGCCGCUGACCAGGCCGACGGCAGGCACCGGGGGGCGGGCUGGGGGGGCAGCCGCCCCUACACCGAGGUGGACGCCUGGCAUGAGCUGGCGGGAGCACUGCCCCAGGCUCGGGCCUCCUGGCAGAGUCUGGAUGAAGAGUGGGCGCCCCGGGCGGGCGGCAGGGCCCCCGUGCCCAGCACAGUACAAGCAAACACCUUCGAGUUUGCUGACGCUGAGGAGGACGACGAGGUCAAGGUGUGAGUGGCUGGGGCCUGGGCUCAGGAACCCGCCCGCCGUGGGGCACCUCUCUGGAGGAGCCCAGGUGCAGAGCCAGCCCCUCCUCGCCUAGCAGAGCUGGGUCCCGCCAGACCAGGGAGGGGAGAAGCCAAGUGACCCACAAGCCCCUCCCCGUCUCUGCAGGACAGACAUGGAGGGAGGACCGGGAAGGCUGGGCUUGCUCAGGGCUCCCGGGGGCCCUGCCACUCUGCACCCAGUAGCCAUUCCUUAGGCCCCACCCCACGCCACCCCCACUGGCCGGAGGGCCCAGCCUCACAGUGCUGCCUUUGUGCCCCACGAAGCUGCCCUUGGGUGGGGGGUAGGGAGUGUGCCACACAGGGCCAUUGUCUCGCCUCCAGAGGGACCGCCUGCCCCCAGCAGCUCCUAAUGGAGGUCCCCACUCUACCCCCAGGAGCCCUGUCCCAGGCUGCUUCCCCCACAUCCACUCUGCCAGCCUCACACCUGUCCAGAGCCCUGCGGGAAGGUCAGGUGUCACCUCACAGGGAGGAUCCCAUCUUCCCAGACACCCCAGACCUGCUUUCUGGGACGUGAUUAAAAAAGGCUUUUUUAAUAAAAGGUGUCCUGCAA